GAUGUACAGAGAAGCUGUAGGAUGGGCAUUCACCGCCCUGUUAGUCAGCAGCUCGAUAGUGAGCACUUUCUCGUACCCCAACUCCCCAGUAUACAAGCCUUCUCCUUUGCCCGAAUCGAAUUCUUAUCCCCAAGUAGCGUCCCCCCACCUGAGAAGCCAGCAGCAGAGGACUGAUAGGAAAUUCGCAGAAAAACCGAACUCGAUUAAGAAAGUUGCUCUCGAUGACUUGGAUGACAUACAAACGAACCAGAUAUCCGAGAGCAGUGGCGGCGGAUUUUCUUGGUCUAAUUUAUUAGGAAUGGUCAUGCAAAUGAUAUUCAACCCAGGUGGCCAACAAGGACCCAAUAAAUCCGAAGACCUCGACAAUGGCCCUAUUCCAUCAUCCCCCUGGGCCAACCUCUUAUCUGUGGGUCUCAAGAUCCUCACAGCCAUCCUUGGAGGGGGUGCUGCAGCAAAUGAACAGGGAAUCGACAAAGUGGACAACGGAAAUUCACCCCUACAAGGUAUUCUGGCUGCUGUACUGUCUGCCGUUGUUGGAGGAAGAGAUCCUGGACAAGUUAACAUGAUGGCUAAGCAGGCUGGGGAGUUCAUCAACAUUGUGGUAAAUCUCCUGGAUGCCUUGAAGACGUCAUUCUCUCACCGUUCCAUGGCCGCAAGAAACAUCGGUAAGAAAGACACCGUCAGUGAUGCAGCUGUGGCUGGUAUCGCCAUGAUGAAGGGUUACGUUCGAUCCCUCUCUGCCGGGGAUACCAAAUGCAUGCAAAGGUACCUCUGCCAAGCUAACAGCGAAUGUUCGAAGGAUAUCGGCCAAAGUUCGCUAUACUGUCAUCUCGGAAGUUAUGCUGUAAGCUUCAUUUUGGACAGAUCAGCAGGAAGUUCUUCUUCGUUCGACGUUUUAUACGAGGCCGGCAAGAGAGGGCGGUAUGGAGACAACUGUCAAGAGAAAUAUUUAGAAUGUAACGAAGUCUAACUGAAAAAAUCCCAAUCCAAACUAUUCUUCACCUAUUUUCAUAUCAGGAUCAUUUAGUUUCUUUCUUCAAGUGACAAUUUGAAGAAUUUAAACCCAAAAGCAGCCUUUCGAUUUAUCGAUUUCACCGGAGGCACUUUACCAAAAACGAGAUGCCUCGGUGAAGAAAAAAUUAAUUAUUUAUGAAAAUAUUUCUUGACCAAAAACUGUGGAUUUCCACUACGACAAUGUUUUGUCAGAACGUUAUUAUUGCUAGGUGAACUAGAUUUUACCAACCAUAUCAAAAUUUGUAUCCUCAGAUUUGUGAUACAAUAUUAGGUUAUGUAAUGAUCGAUUUACCACAGAACAAACAAUUCAAUGAUGACUCGAGCCCUUAUAACAGUGCAUUUAACCAAAAUUUUAUUUAUUUUUUUUCUCAUACUAUCUCAGCUUUUCUGCACGAAUGGUUCAUAGUUUACGUAGCAAUAAACCAUGUAACAUAUUACCUAUUUAUUUUCCGCACCAUAGAUUUACUUUAUUUUUUCGGUAAGGAAUAGACAAUACGACUGCGGAAGUGGUUGACGCCACUCCAAUUAUUUAUAAUUGUAUGCGAGGGUGUCUGGCAGGAAUCGAAUGAAUUUGUGAAUGUGAGUGACUUUUGAGUAACUUAGUGUUAUUUCGUUGUUAGAAUUAACUAGUUAUUUAUUUUCGCCGUUUUUCAUUUUUUGUUUGUAUACAUUUUAAUGCAAA